AAAUUGCAUUGUGGGAAAUAAAUAUGUCUGUUGGUUAGUGGAGUCUGAGGUAUUUCUGUUUGUAAGUUCAUUAUUGACGUUUAUUCAAACUAUGCUAUUACCUGUGGGAUCAAUGAAAAGUUCUUAUGCUAAUUGUUAGGUCAAUGUUGUAAAUGCGUUGAGAAGUCUGAUGAGUGUUGGCAGCAAUGUGUGAGCAGACAGAGGUCCGUUACCUCGAUGGUGACAUCGUGUGGGUGAAAUUGGGUUCUUGCUGGUGGCCUGGCCACGUGAAAGAUGUUGAUAAAUUACCAGAGGAAAUUCUUGUUAGCCUCAAGAAGAGGCCUAUUGCAGCUGUGAAAUUUUUUCAGGAAGAAACAUUUGAAUAUGUGAGGAAUCUGAAUCAAAUCUGCAUGUACAACUGUCGGAGAAAGAAUGAGUUCAUCAAAAAAGGUCUUGAUAUAUAUCGGUCCAGAUGCCGAGAAGGUUCAACUGUUAUGAAUAAGUUUCCUGAAGAUGUAGCCAUUGCUGAAAGGCUUACAGGAGGUAACCCAGACAUUUUAAGAGAUAAUGCUUUUGCACCAGAAGAAAGACCAGAUUAUCGUAACAUAUUUGGGGGUGACAAAAAGUCUGGCUCACCUGACAAGAAAAGCAAACUUGUUGGUUCCCAGGGUAAAGACCGAGUUAGCUGGAAACUAACACAGCUGUCACCAUCAGCUAAUGGCCGACAAAGCCAGCCUGGAUCUCCUUCACUGCCAGUACUUCAACAGCCGAGACAGAUUACACACCCACGUUUUGUAAGUGAAGUGAAAGAUGAUACUGAUCAUGUUGUACGUAUUAGACAUCAGCCAGUAAGCACACCUAGUCGAGAUGACCAGUCUAGUAAUCCUUGCCCUCAGUACAAGUGCCACAUCUGUGACUUUACUUCCAACAGAUUGAAUGUUAUUGUUCUGCACAAUAAAUUCCACAGUGCAGAUGCAGCCAAUAAUGGUCAAGGUGUUGGAGUUAAGGGAAUAUCAGCUAGCAAGAGCAAAUCUGCAGAUAGUAAAAUUACAGGAAGAGGCAAAGGAAGGUCUUCUGUAAGUAGUCCUAGUGACAGAUCAAGAGCUCGCAGUAGAGCUGCCCCAGUAUCCUGUGAUACUCCCAGAGCUGAAGGUAUUGCAGAUAAAAGUGCUCCUAAAAGGAAGCUUAUUGAAGAGAGUGACAUGAAAACAACGAAAGAGGAAUCAGAUGCUAAUUCCAAGCAGCAGCUGCCAAGAAGUCCAGAGAAACAGCUGAAAACUUCAGAACGGAAAUCACCCAAGACCCCUAUCUUUGGUAAAAGGAAAGGUACCAGAUGGGGAGGUGAGAGGCCUGCAAAGAAGAAGAGAAAUGAUGAGGAGAUUCGAGAAAAAUUACUUGCUGAUUGGGAAGAUGAAGAUGAAGAACAAGAAGAAAAAGAGAUAGAAUUAAUGAAACAGGAACUAAGUAAAAGUGAGUUGGCCAACAUGCAUUCAGCUGAUGUAGCUGCAGCAAGUGAGAGCGAGAGAGUUGCAAAUACAAAGACUACUUGUUCAGAAGAACAUGUGAAGCCCAAGGAAACCUCAUGCUUUGAUUUUGAUGACACAGAAGAUGCUAAUUUAGGCAGUGAAUUGGAGGAGAGGGCCAAGAAAUUUGUUGAGAAUAGAAAAAUACCUAGAAUAAUAGAUGAUAGAAGUGAACCAGCAUCAAAACGCCGGAAUAUAGUAGAUGAUAUAGGAACUCUCACAUCUGCUCCAAAAGUAGAAGCAAUGACAGAAACUUCUGCAGUGCAAGCUCCCGAAACAUUGAAGACAGAAGUAGAGAAACUUUCUGCUGAUGCUGAGGAUAUAGAUGCUGCAUUUAAGACCCUGUUAGCAGAAACAACCGUACCUGCCCUUCCUGAAGUACCUGAGCUACCAAAUACUAAUGUUACCUGUCCUGCGCUUGAAGUUGGCAGCUCUGCCUCUCUCCCAGAUGUUGUCCUUGACAGCAACAACAGUCACACUGCUCUUGAUACAAACAGUUCUGCACCCACUGGGCCAAAAUUAACAAAUGUUGAAAAUGGUGGUGGUGACCAUGACUACAGUAUCAAGAAAGAGAUGGAGGAGGUGCAGGAGAAACCAAAAGAAAUCAGAACAGAGUCUCCAAAAGCAGAAGUUACUGAACCUCAUGGUGUAGCUGGAAGUGCUCAGACCUCUUUGGAAGAUGAAGAGAUGGAGUUAGACAUCAAUUCCAUGCCUGUGGUAAUGACUGACGCCAUAAUCAGAGAAGCACCAGAGGCCAAUAAAGUUGGAAGUGUUCCUGUGUCACUGAUUGAUUUGAUUCCGAGUUCAACAGAGUUGCAUACAGUAGGCAUAAAUGAAGGUGGUCCAACUGUAACAGAUAUUACUACUGUUGUGCCAUCUUCUGAUACUCCUGUUGUCAUGUCAAAGAGUAGUCCACAGGUUCCAAGCAGCAGUGGCAGUGUCAUUAUGAAAGCAUCACAAGGCAGCCCCAUGAGGACUAUUAAACUGCAAGCUGCAGCAGUUCCUGCUUCAAGUACUGUUGCUGUAGCUGUUUCUAGUGCUGCUGUAUCUGCUAUCAGCAAACUUAAAGGUACUGGAGGGACUACAGUAGUAUCUCAGAAAAGUGGAGGAGGAAAAUUUGUUAUUGUGCAGACUUCUCCAGGUCAGCAGUCGAGGUACACUGUUGGCAAAACAACACAGCAGAGAGUUACACAGCAACACAUAAUGCAACAUGCAGUUGGAGGAAGCAAAGUUGUGAUUUUAGCCAAACCUCAAGGCAGUGGCCAGCAAAAGAUUUUGACAACUGCACUUUCUCCUCAGCAGCAGAAAAUUAUAACUGCAGGUGGAAAAUUGCAGGUCCAGCCUCAGCGCAUAGUGCCUACUAGUACUGGAGCAAACCUGAACCCAAGAAGUGUCAUGGCCAAAGGCACAAAAUUAACCCCAAUUAGCCAGCAGCAGAUGAGGACUCUGCAAGGAGGGAAACAAAGUCUUGGUGCAAAAUUUACAAUGCAGAGCACACAGGCAAAGGUAGUUUUACCAACAAUGCAGAAAGCUUCUGUGACACAGGCUUCUCCAGUUAGGGUCAUUGGUACCCUGAAACCUCAGUCUAAUACAAUACUUAUUCAUACAACACAAGGAACCACUGUUUCAGGAACAGUCCUUGGUAAAACUGUGGCAUCUACUUCUGGACAAUUGCAGGCUAAAAUUGGUACAUCUCGGUCUGUAACAAAACUUUCAGCCCCAAAACCCAAAAUUCUGACAAAUCCUGGUGUUUCGUCUUCUGUGCAUAGAAUUUCUGUACCAACUACUGGAGGAGGUAAAAUAGUUCUGACUUCACAGAUUCAACCAAAGAUGCUUGAAAGUAGACCAGCAGUUGCAUCGGGCAUGGUUGUGCAAAAGGUGCAAAAUCCAUUACCUGCCAAAUCUGGUAGUGUUGGUGUGCUAACCAAUGUAUCACAGUUGAAGAAAGUAAGUGGCAUUUUCCCUAGAACUCCAUCCUUACAAAAACUAAACCAGACUACCACCCCAAAUCAGGCUGUUCAGAAAAUGUCAGCACCACAGUCUGUUCAGAAAGUAAUUACUUCAUCACAGUCCAUAAAGAAGUCAGUACCUCAAAACACAUCUAAUGUAAAUAUUACAUCAAAACGAAUUCCCAUUGUAGUCUCUACAACAAAUUUGCAGUCCAGUGUAGAAAUGUCAGCUGUACAUACCUUGCCAAGUCUGCAGCCAUUGCAGCCCACUGUUACUGUUGGACCAACUAUACAACAAAACUUAGAGUCAAAUAGCAUGGUUCUUUCAACUCCUCAGAUUAGUGUCACAGCAGCUAAUAUACCUGUCGGUCAGGGCAACACCAUAAGCCUACCUAGUCUCCAACCAGCUUCAGUGUCAACCACAGCAGGAACAUCAGGUCUGUCAACCCAGCAAAUAGCACAAGUCGUGGCGGCUGCACCUGCAGAGCAGCUGGCAGACAGUGGCACUGCCACUUAUGUAUUGGUCACAAUUGAUGACUCUGGUACCCUGCAAUCUUAUGACAAUUCUACACUUCUCGCAUAUGAUGGGGGUUCCCAAACUAAUGAGGGAGGUGCACGGACACUUUACAUUGACCCUUCAUCUAUAGGUACAUCUGGGGAUCUUGAAAACAUCAUUCUGGCUAUAGACAACUCUGCUUCAAGUUCAGGAACUGUUCUAAACCUAGGGCAAACAAGUACAUUGCCUACAAACCCUGUAACAAGCAUUGGAGUAGAGAAUUCUUCAGAUUCAUCUAUGUUUGGUAUUGGAUCUGCUCCUCAUGUCUCAGGCACUGCUACACCACAGUCCAGUGGCUCUAAUCAAGACAUUUUGGCAGAAGCAUUGGCUAAUACUCAAGUCUUCCAGCCUGAUAGUGCAGUCCAAGAUUCUCUUACUGUGGUUAACAGUAGUCAGUCAACAGUGAUGACACCACGACUUCUUGAAUCAUCAUCUCUUUUAACGUCAUCUCCUUCUACCCUUCAUCAGGCUACAGUGUUGUUGCCUUCCUUGUCAUCGGUACUGUCACCUCCUUCAAACCCUGCUGGUGUGCUGGAAACUUCACUAACUCUGAAUCAGCCUAUCAUGACUCCUCUAGAAGUACCUUCUGCUGCUCUUCCAACAUUACAGGCUCCUCCACCAGUUCCUUCUUCAUUGGAACUACCCCUUACUAUCACUCAGCCAGCUCUGUCUGUAACCUCACAGGCAUUCCCAACCAUUCCUGUAACUGCCUCACCCCAUAACCAGUGUGGCCUCUCAGAAAACAGCAUAUCAGAAUCUUCAGUUUCUAAUUCAACUUUGUCAUUGAGCAUGGCUGAACCCAAAUCAGUUUCUGCAGUCAAUUUCAAUCCAUCAAUGCCCCUCUUAUCUGAAGAAACUGAUUCCCAGGGUGAAGUUGAUGACAGUUUGGCACUUAUCCGACCAGAUUCAGAUUCAUCAGCCAAGCCCCAGAGCCCUUCACACACUGUCUGUAAUGUGGUCACUGAAAAGACAUCUGCUAGUAUGAUACAAGAAGCAGCAAACAGUCACAUUGAAGAUCUGUUAACGUCACAAGCUGCACAAGAUGCUAAAGAACACUCUGUUCUGACAUCUUACAGUGAUAUCCCAGAAUGUACAUCUCAUGACAAAAAGAACCAUAUGAAUGAGUUGUCCAGCACCAAAGGUUCAGUAGACCCAACAUCACACCAUCAUGUAUCAGGAAGUGUGCUCGAGGGUGCAGCUCAUUUCUGUGAGAGACAGACAGUGCCUCAACUUCAGUCUACAAUGGUGCGAACUAUAUCUGUUGUACAUGAUCAUAUCUCAGGGGAUACCGAAAUUUUGGAUUCGACACCAGUGACAACUUACUCAGUCUCUGAAGAUACAUCAGAAGCUGCUGUUGUGGAUAACAGUCAUUCUUCAUCAAGUCACCUGGACACGGAUCAGCGUUCCCAUAUAUCCUAUGUCCGUGUGUCAGAAAGCUCCUCUCAACUUUCAGGCUCACUAGCCCCUUCAGAAAGUGAGAUUGCAACUACCUUGCCAUCCUUUACUGAAAUUUCAGAAGGCACAUCUAGCAUUUCAAAAAAUAUUGAUCAUAAGUUAGAGAUGAAUUCUGAAUCUGAUGAAGGCAUUUUGGAAAACAGUGCUGAACUGUUAAGAAACUCAUCAACACAGGCAGUCAGUCAGAAAGUUACCUCUGAUGAAUGUGUUCAUCACACAUAUUUGGAAAUACCAGAGAGUAUUUCUAGUGCUGAAGAGAAAAUAGUGACAGAUAAUUCAUCUGAACAAAUCCCAGACUCCUGUCAGAGUACCUGUAAUUCCCAAGCUAUUAUUACUGGCUUUCCUAAAGGUUUUGAAGAUGCCCCAGAAGUACCUGAAGCACAAGCUGGCCUAGAGCCAGGAAAGGAGGCCACUUUGACUUCUUUUCCUGCUGAGAGCAUACCACAUGUCUCAGUAGAUGCUUCUGUACCUUUGCAGUCUAUAUCUCAUUUACCCCAUUCAAUGCCUUUGCUUGUGGAUGAACCUUUGACAGAGACAUCAAAUGACUGUACAGAGCCUGACCAGGUGUUGAGAACAAACAGUCCUUUGGAGGAAGAUGAUAUGGAAAUGAAAAACUUGAGACUUGAACAUAGUGAAAGGUCAAAAGACCAAGGGUCUCUUUCCCCAAAAUCUUUCCCUUGCCCCAACUUGCAUGAUGAUGAAAUGGCUGAUUCAGAUGAGGAGUUACCUCCUGCAUUUUCAUCAGUCGAAGAUGGUAAAAAGAAGAAUUUUAUGAAGGAUGACAUUGUGUGGGUGCGCUGCAACAAAGUAUAUUGGCCAGCUGUUGUUACAAAUGUCAGUCACAAGACCAGGAAAGUGUAUGUCAAGACUGUCAACAGCCCUCGCAAAAGGAAAGCCAUCAAGAUUGGCUUCAGUUCAAUCAUAGAUUUUGAAGACAAGAAAAGAAAUAGACAACUCUUUGAGCUGGGAAAAAGAGCCUGCAGUAAUUUUCAGCCAGCAUAUGAGAAAGUUAAGCAGUUUUAUGUAAUGAAACAUCACCAGCAUAAACUGUCUGCUGCUCGCUACUUGACAUUUGAACCUGGUGAGGUUUCUUAUGGAACAUUACCAGAUAUGGAAGUGGCCGAGGAUUCCAACAGUAUAUGCAAUGAAGAAUGUGUAUAUCCACUGACAGAGGAGGAGCUUGACUCUGAUCCGGGAAAUAUUUCAAAUGAUUCUUUUGGCUAUCAGAAAUCUCAGAAUUCUUAUUCUGCAGUUACUGAGAAUUCUACGUCUCCAAGCUGUAGUUCAAGUUUGUCACAAAUUGCAUGGCCUGGUGACUUAUAUACUGCUGCAAGUAGCACUUCACUAUUACCAAUCCAUAUGCAACCCCCUGUGGCUUCUAUUGAAACAAGCAGAGGCAGGUCUACAUGGUUAUGAGGAGUGCCUUUUCUUAGUGCAGCAGCAGUUCCGCUUUUUCUUCCUGGGAAGCGGUGAGUCUAAUAAAAGUGAUAAUUUGGAAUAAGGAAUCUCUCAUGGGGUUUGAGAUAUAUGUCUGAGAGCAGACCCACAUCUAUGUGUAAGUCUUGCAGCUAUUCACUGAGCUCAUAGCGCUGCCUCUAAGUGUCAUUUGCAAUAAAUGCUAUGACUUUGAACGGCCUAUGAACUCUAACAGCCAUUUGUUUCAUUGAGUUGAGUACCAUUUUUGUAAUGACCAUUAUUUUGUCUUUUCUGAUGCAGCCUCACUGAGCUCUAUUAUCCGCUGCACUACAGUGGCGACUUUUAACAUGCCACAGUUAGACAAACUGGGAGCCUGUACUGAGAGACCUAUUUUCUGAAUUUCCUGUUGUGGCAGAUGCUGUGGCAUAGGGUGCCACACUCUUUUUCCCAUCUGUCUGUGAUGCCUGUGGUUGCUGGUGUUGCAUGUCUUGAUGCAGUGCAGCUGCGUAGGACUGCUCUGGUGAGGUGAACUUAUAGAAGAACGUCCUCCCAGAGGAUCCAUUGGGAGCUAAUUGUACUCUUCUCCUUUGCAGUUCUCCUUCCACAUGGCUGCAACCUCGGUAUGACACUGGAUGAGGUUUCUCUCCUUCUACUAGGAUGCAAUUUCAACGGUUCGGCAUAGAUUCUAUAUUUGUCUUUUCAGAGAAUUCCCUAUGCAUGUGGCCACCGCUGUACCACAAACAUCAAGCAGGUUGCUUGCAGUUGUCCCAGACACUUGUAACACUGCAUAAGACCAGUCUGAGCUCUGUAUAACUCACCCUGAUGCUACUAUGCUUAAGACUCUCUCAACAUAGACCCUACAGAGAGCUCCAUUUCUAACAGUGUCUCUAACUGUUGUAGCUGCCAUAGUUACGUGUUUAUCCAGCUGCUACCAUGCAGUAGACAAUGAUUAGGUAGUUAUGUCAGUAUAUUUCUCCAAUCAAGAAGGGUUCAACAAGAAACAUCUACUAAAUGCUGAGAGAAUAAAUAAAAAAAUUCACUGUGAAAAUUUUUUCAAUCACAAUUCAAAGAUGAUGCUUCCACCAGACAUAUGAGAUGUGAAUGAACACAUACAAGUUUGGUGUGAGCCAGCAAUGAAGUAAUAAUUUCUUGUCUUGUUUAGUAUUUCAAGGACUGGUGAAAAUUCAUAAUGAUAGGCUUCCUAGUUUCUAGUCUUGAACAUGACAUCUAGUUUUAUUAGAUAUCUAAGAAAUGAAUACAAAAUUUGCAUUGGAAAACUAAAGAGAUCAUGUCAGAGACAUAAGUACAGAUGGUGGAAUAAUAUUAAAGUGUGUAUAUUUUAUAUGAAUGAUGCAAAGGUUCCACAUAGUUCUUUUUUUCUAAUUUUCUGUGGUUAUCACUCGUUGAUGCAUAAUCUAUUAAUAACUUACAAUUGCAGACUUCUAGUUAAUCAUUAUAUAGUUCUCAUCUGACUCUUGUAUUUGCUCUAUCUUUCCCAAGAUUUUCCCAGGUAACUGUCCUUUUGGUUGGACUGUGGAGUUUCUUUUCAAUUUAGUGUAUACUUGUUCAUCUGUUUGUGCUAAUCCUGUUCUUGUGAAUUCUAUGCUCCCUAGUAGUUCUCAACACUUCUUUUGCUACUUCCUUUACAUAGUAGGAUUCAUUGGUAUUGACUUGAAAUUUCUCAGUUAUCUUUUAAGAGAUAACUAGUUUAUGUUGCUGUAUGACAUGCUGUGGUUUCUAUAGGAGCUCAGGCAGAAAGAAGAGGAAGCCAAGAUUUUGCUGGCAGUGAUACAGGGUGAUGCUUGCUGGAACCACCUGUGCAGGAUAUACCGUGAA